CCCCAGUUCCCCCAGUCAGGCUAGGGUAGACUUUUUUCGUGGAGCAUUAUAGUGGCUAGAGAGCGCAAUAUACUUAUCGCCGUCAGUCCAUAACCAGCCACAGUAGUGCGGUAGUCGCGGAUUGUUUUGUUGUUUUCGAUUUCAUAUUACUUCGCGGAGCACGCACGCACCAUUGCGAGAGGAUAUAAUAAAACCACCGAGCGUCGCGUUAAAAAGCGCGUCCCAUGUGUGCGGGUGUGUGUGAAAAAAGGAUAAAACAGUUUGUAGAAUAGAUCGUGUGCCGGGUUGACAGGGAAGAAAAUUUAUAGUUAAUAUAAAAUAUAAUCGUUUAAUCAUGCCCGUCAAGGUCUACAUAUCGGGUAUCAGCGGUAAUAAAGAAGUGAAAAAAAGACAGCAACGAGUUCUUAUGAUUCUCGAUAGUAAAAACGUCGAGUAUGAAGUCAUUGACAUUACCGAGCCUGGAAAAGAGGAUGAAAAAGAAUUCAUGCAGGGUAACAGCACCGCCAAAACAGGCAAAUAUCCGUUGCCACCACAAAUAUUCAACGACGAGGAUUACUGCGGAGAUUAUGAAGAUUUCGAUUUAUCAAACGAAAUUGAUGAGCUGGAAAAAUUUCUCAAGUUAGUGCCUGGUACGACGGAUGUUAGUAGGAAAAGUUCAAUGCAAAGCAAUAAUAUUCAUCAAAAUGGAAAUGCUUCGAGUCGAGAGGCAUCAAUGGACAAGGAUACAAAUGCUGUUCAUUCGGAGGGUGAUUUGGAUGAAAGGCCAUCAGCAACGACCGGGGAAAAGGACGAAGAUAAGGCAAGAGCGACGGAAUCGGAGACAGGAGGAACAAGAGAAACAGGUGACGAGUUGGAUUCUGAAGACAUAGACGAGAGUGCGGAAAGAAACGAGGAAAAAUCGGACGACCAGGAGCAAGAAGAGUAAAAAAAACGUCCGAAGGAAGAAAAACAUUUCCAACGAAAGGAUAGAAGAAGGAAAAAGGAAAAAAGGCGAAGCUUAAAUGCGGAAAUUUUGUCAAAUUUCUCUCGUAUAGUCCUUCCACGAGGUUAGAUUUUUUUCAGAGGCUUUUUCUUUUUGGGUUGUGCAACUCAGGCUGAACGAAAGAUACUGCCGAGAUUAUACUAUCGCAUCUUAAUGUCACAAGGGCGCAUGUAACACAUGAUUAUAAGACAGAGAACACACGUAUUGUUACGAGUAAGACCUCAUCUUAUUUUAUAAUGCUUGAAAAAAAAGAAAACAUCUAUAUCCUCAUCAAACGUUUAGAAAGUACGUUGAGUCGCGUUUUACUUCGAGUUAUUCAAAUAGAAAAGCCAUGUUCAUUUCUAUUUUCAUCGUUCACAUAAAUUUUUUAGUAUUCGUCUAAAAAAAGAUUCACAUCACUUUGUUUUCAACAAGAUACAACAUAGUUGUCAGAUUCGCACAUAGUAAUGUACGAAUUAGGUUUGUUGUAUUGUUUAAAAAAUGUGGCCAAAGCGUAGGGAAUGCUUGACCGAUGCCGAGGAGUCUGGCAGCGUGCUUUGAUCAUACGAAUAUAUAUUUUUUUGCUCAUCUUACGAUUUUAGCAAUGAUUUAUUACUGUAAUACGUGAUAAUAGUAUUGAUCGGGAGGGAUUAACAAAUUAUUCCCGCGUAUAAUGGCGACCCUCAAUUUUUCUAAUACGCUUAAGAAGAAACUACGUUGAAUACUUUUAAUCGCAAUCUUUACGACAGUUCCAAGCUCAAACUAUAGUUAAAAACCCAUUUAUUUACUCCUUUUCGUGAGAUGAAAACAGUUAUUGAAAUCAGCCUAAGGAUUAGACGGAGUUAGACUUUCUAUUUCAUAUUUUUACGAUCUCUGCGUUGAAGAACUUGCGAAUUACAAGAGCUGAUUAUAUUAUUUUACAUUUUUUUUUCACGCUAGCAGUUGCGCACUAAGUUGGAGUAUGAAUUGAGAUUGGAAAUUGGAUUGAACAAAAAAAAAUUGUGGGUGGGGAAAAAAAAAACACGAAAAGAAGAGACUAAAAACUAUUUCUACACAUGUUCAGGAUUUAUCGGUCGUAACGAAUAAUGGGAAUACAUGGCAAAUAAUUUUAAUUACAUCUAUAAUGUUAGCUUUUAGCCUUUUCUAGAUAUUUAUAUGUAUACACCACAUUACUAUUAUUGUUGUCAUGAGAUCCCGUUAUUUGUACAAAUGAGAAAGAAAAACGUAUGGGAAAACAACGUAAGCCUUAUGCAGGUACCGGAAAUGAGCACUGCUUGUUUGCUUUGCAAAAAAAACAAAAUAAAAAAAAACAUUUCUAUUCGUUCAUUAAAAUCGAAUCGAGAAAGCAUACUUGUCAUCAUAGUUGUAAUACUUUUGUGUCAAAAGAUUAUUAUUUGUACUGCAAAGUGAUCUGUGCACACUGUGCAAUCAAAUUUUUUUGGCAACAAAUUAUUCGAAAUCCAAAUUGGGCAUCAAAACAGUUACGAGGAGUGUUCAUUUCUGUUCUACGCAAAUAUCGAGCGAUCUUGUACGAAUAAGUAAAUCGCAUUAACGUAGCCAAUAAUAAUAAAAAAAAAAAAACCAAUGCCUGAAUGAAAUUUCCUCGACGCUUAUAUUCCAGAAUAAUAAACGAUAUACUGUUGACGAAAA